ACUCUUAGUGUGGUUGAACCGUCCACUCUUGAAGUCAACACACUGUCCGAGUCAGAAGACACAGACGUAGAGAAGCUGAAAGUUGUCAGUGAUCAGUCAGAGUUGGACUCCAGUAUCUGUGCAGCCUCUGAAGGACUGGAAAAGGUGACUCUGAAGAAGGACCAGUUACUAUUGGAUGAUCAGGACUGUGUUGAGAAGAUGUCACCUGUCAAAGAGCAUGUGUUGAAUGAGGAGCAGAGCUUUUGUGCCCCAGUUGAAGGAGUUAAGGAGGUCUGCAGACAUGUUGUGGUCACUUCAGCAAUAUCAAGCAUGGAUAAAUGUGCUGAAUGUGUGGGACCUGUUGCAGCUCUCAAGUGGAUUGGCCUGAGAUGUAAAUUGUGCUCCAGUUUUUGGCAUAAGUCCUGCUAUCUGAAGUUUCAUGAAUGGGAUGGAAGACGGUCAUCGUGUGAAGUAAGUUCAGAGGAAGAUGAGCUGUCAGAUGAGGAUUACAUACCUCAGUCAGAGUCAGACCAUCAGUCAGACAGUUCAGAUGAGUUGACAACAAGACCAGCACGUUACGACCAAGCUAAACUCUUAGAUAUACAGGAAGCUGCGUCAUCUAAGUUUAGUGAACAUCUGAGAUCAGAUGUAACUACCCUGAAUGUGUCUAAGGGCAAAGGAAAAGGAGUCCUGAAGGUCAUGGAAGCAGCAAGUGUGUAUGAUGAGUCUGAUUUAAUGUGUCAUGAGGAGCAGUUUACUGAUUUUGAGACAGACAGUGAAUCAGACUUUCCCAGAAAGCAAGGCUCAGUGGUAUGCAGGUCAACAGAUGUGCUUAUGUCAUCACCUCAAUCACACAAUAGUAAGCUUUUGAAUUCAAAAAGCACAGUAACAUUGAGAGAAGAGAGGGAACGCAGCAUGGCUGGAGGUGAUCAUUGUGUGCAGUCACCAAAAAUCUCCUGUUCAGCAAAUAGGAAGAAUUAUUGUUACAUCUGUGGCAAACCUCAGUCCAAGUUAGCGCGCCAUUUGAAAACUCAUAUGGCUGAAGUUGAAGUUGUUCAGGCUUUGUCACUCCCAGUUCACUCAAAGGAACGUAAAGCAAUGCUGCAAAAGCUCAGGAACAAGGGCAACUUUCAGCAUAACACUGAUGUUUUACAGUCUGGAGAGGGGGCUCUUAAAAUAAAACGAGCACCAAAAAGAAAGUGUGAUUCAAAGCAGUUUUUGCAUUGCAUGUACUGCAAAGGGUUGUUUGUACGGAGAGAUCUGUGGCGUCAUUUAAAAAGAUGUCCCUCAAAACCAGCAGCUGACAGUGAAGAGCAAGGGAGGAGGAGAGUCUUGGGCCUGGCAUCUAUGGCAGAGUCUUCAUUCAGUCAGCACAUAUCACAAGGAGUUUGGAAACUCUUAGGUGUGAUGAAGCAGGAUGACAUUUCCGCUGUGGUCAAAAAUGACCUGAGUAUUCUUCAGCUUGCACAGUCGUUUUUUAACAAACAUGGUCAUGACCCUACCAAAUUUGAGUAUAUUCGACAAAAACUCCGUGAAGUUGGAAGAUUGUUGCUGACUUUGCGUAGACAGUUUUCUGUGUACAGUCUUGAAGAAGCUCUGAAACCUGCCAAUUUUCAUAGACUUAUUCGAGCGGUUCAAAUGGUGUCUGGCUAUGAUGAUGAGCGCCACUGCUACCAAAGCCCAAGCCUUGCCCUGAAACUGGGGCAUUCGUUGAAUAAGAUUUGUGAAAUCAUUCAGUGCCGAGCACUGAUGUCUGAAGACAAGGAAUUGAUCUCAUCAACAGAGACCUUCAAAAAGCUCUACUCCUCAAAGUGGUCUGAGAUGAUCUCACACACUGCUUUGGUGACACUGAAUGAGGCCAAAUUUAACAAGCCAUCAACACUUCCCUUCACCCAGGAUGUCCAGUCUCUUCAUCAGCUCCUUGAGAAGACUGCAGAUACUGCUUUUCAUAAACUACAAGAGACUGCAUCUCCUCAAAGCUAUGCGGAACUGGCCAAAGCAACCCUCACCAGAAUCAUUGUUUUCAACCGCAGACGUGCAGGAGAGGUCUCUAAAAUGCCGCUGAAGGCUUUCAAUGAAAGGGACGGCACUUCUCUCCAUGAAGAUGUAGCGAUGGGCCUGAGCAAGUUUGAGCAGAAACUCUGCAGCCAUUUCAGUCGAGUUGAGAUCAGGGGGAAGAGGGGAAGAAAGGUUGCGGUUCUUCUCUCUCCUGAUAUGGUCGAUGCCCUGAUGCUACUGGUCAGCAGGAGAGGUACAUGUGGAGUGCUAGACACUAAUACUUUCUUGUUUGCUCGGCCAAACUGCCAGAGUUACUACAGAGGCCAGGACUCUCUGAGGGUAUAUGCAAGGGAAUGUGGAGCUCAAAAUCCAGAAUUUCUCAGAUCCACUCAUCUUCGCAAGCACGUGGCUACACUCUCUCAAAUCCUAAACCUGAAAAACAACGAGUUAGAUCAGGUUGCUGAUUUCUUAGGGCAUGACAUCCGUGUCCACCGUGACUAUUACAGACUGCCAGAAGCCACUACUCAGCUUGCUAAAAUAUCAAAGCUACUGUUAGCCAUGGAAAAGGGCUGCCUUCCUAAUCUUCAAGGCAAAUCCCUUGAUGACAUUGAGAUUGAAGGUACGUCCAUCCUAGCAUGUUUAGCACAGCGGGUCUUUUAAACUCACAGGGAGGUUUAAGAAAAGUAAUCUCUGAAAUAUGUCUUGUGUUCGUUGUCAUUAGGAAUGGUUUAUAAAUGGUGUGUGAUUGUGUUAUUUCACUUCUGAAUGCAGAUGUUUUUCAUGUUCUGAGUUUUAUUUUUCAUUGAAGAUGAGAUCAUCAUGACGGAUUCUGAUGACAGUGAUCCUGAAGAAAGUGAAUCUGAUGAUGAGGCUCUUGCUGGAGCUGCGGGAAACUCCAGUAAUGCUGGUGUUCAGAAGAUGCCCAUUGAGAGCACCACUGAACUUCCUGAAGAGAGUGAGAGUGAGGCAGAAACUGAAAACCCACGGAGAGGGCAGAAGGUGUCCUGGUCAAAUGCUGAAGUUACAGCUGUAAUGAAACAUUUUAAGGGCCACAUAGCUAAAGGAAAACUGGCCACACUGACUGAAUGCCAGCAGUGUAAAUCUGCUGAGGAUCCUGUUUUGGUGAGACGCAGUGCACAGAACAUAAGGGAUUUUGUAAGAAAUCGAGGAAUUAGCUUAAAAAGGAAAACCCAAAGCAAGUGAUGUUACAGUACAUUUUGUGUGUUCUUGAUGCCAUUCAAUUAACAUUAGCACUUUGGCUGUUGUUUUUAUUUCCCAUAGUGCAAUACUGUUAUGCCAGCAAUUCAUACGAAUAUCUCCUUGUAGAAAUCGAGGUUGACUGUUAGUUUGUCAAAAAUUACAAAAUUGUGUCAAUUUCUCAUUGAUUUUUGGAUGACCUGUCCCUUAAAGAGAAUUUAACUUCCAGAAUGAAAACUGUCAUCAUGUACUCACCCUCCACUUGAUCCAGACCUGCAUCAGUUUCUUUCUUCUG